AGAAUGCUCUGCGUGCGCCUACAACUCCCAUCAUGCUUCACCACGGGCUGCUCAGCUAUUUUUUAAGAAAAGACAAUCCACUCCGACUCUGGUCCUCACAGCCUUUCUUGUUUUUUUCUUUAAAUAUAACUAUUUCCUCUCUGUUUCCGGCAUUUUCUGGAGCUUUUCAGAAACCUCAAACUACCGCACAGUGGCCAACUAGAAAAAAAAAAAAGCCACAAGAAGGCGUGGCUUCGGGGCCGGAAGAGCCUCUCGUUGCCACGGGAACGCCACGCGCAAAUACUCCCGCCCAGCCCCUGAUGCUGAGACCGGAGGCGCAGGCGAACAGAGCCCGCAGCUUGGAGAGGCCGCCUUCUUCUGGAUCGGGACCCCAGUCUUUGAAGGAAUUAGAAAAAGUUGAGAUAUCCUCGCACCAAUUCCAGAGACGGAUACUAGAGAGUGCAUCCAUUCCUGUUCCUCCUCUGCUCCUGAACCUGUCGGAAUAAUCAUAAAGACCAGGUGGUUUGUACAUAUUUCUAAAUCACAUUAUGGGAUUGCUAGACAGACUUUCAGGUUUGCUUGGCUUGAAGAAGAAAGAGGUUCAUGUUUUGUGCCUUGGACUGGAUAACAGUGGGAAAACAACAAUCAUCAACAAACUCAAACCUACAAAUGCUCAGUCUCAAGAUAUAGUUCCAACAAUAGGAUUCAGCAUAGAAAAAUUCAAAUCAUCCAGUUUGUCUUUUACAGUGUUUGACAUGUCAGGGCAAGGAAGAUACAGAAAUCUCUGGGAACACUAUUAUAAAGAAGGACAAGCCAUUAUUUUUGUCAUUGAUAGUAGUGAUAGAUUAAGAAUGGUUGUGGCCAAAGAAGAACUUGAUACUCUUCUGAAUCAUCCAGACAUAAAGCACCGCCGAAUACCAAUCUUAUUCUUUGCUAACAAAAUGGAUCUUAGAGAUGCAGUGACAUCUGUGAAAGUGUCUCAGUUGCUGUGUUUAGAGAACAUCAAAGAUAAGCCAUGGCAUAUUUGUGCUAGUGAUGCUAUCAGAGGGGAAGGACUGCAAGAAGGUGUAGACUGGCUUCAAGAUCAGAUCCAGGCUGUGAAGACAUGAAAAGAUAGUGUUUGGAAAACCUCAACUAUUUUCAGUUCAAGGAAUGCAUUUAAGGGAGAUGGAAUACAUUAAAUUGAUUGAAAGAUGUUUGUGAAUUUAAGAAUAACUUCUAAUCUUCUGCUUGCA